AUGAGCCAGGAACAGCCGAGGAGGCCGCGAGAGGAGCAGCAGCAGCAGCAGCAACCUGGGGUCGAGCCGAUCAAGUACGGCGACGUCUUCUCCGUCUCCGGCGACCUCGCCUCGAAGCCCAUCGCGCCGCAGGACGCGGCGAUGCUGCAGUCCGCCGAGGCCGCCGUGCUCGGGCAGCCGCAGAGGGGUGGCCCCGCGGACACCAUGCGGGCCGCCGCAGCAUGGAACGAGAGGGCUGGGCUAGUCGGCCGUGGGGACGUCUCCGAAGUCGCCGGAAAAGAGGGGCUCACGGUCGAGCGCACCAUCACCGAAAGAGUAGCUGGACAGGUCAUUGGCCAGUUCGUCGAGGGCGCGUCGGCGACGGGAGGGGCGGAGUCGCAGGUGACCCAGCAGAGUGCGAUAACCAUCGGCGAGGCGCUGGAAGCAGCCGCUCAAUCGGCCGGGGACAAGCCCGUGGACCCGAGCGAUGCCGCCGCCAUUCUCGUGGCCGAGCAGCGCGUGACGGGGAGCAACGUGGUCAUCCCCGGAGGUUUGGCGGAUUCUGCUCAGACGGCGGCGGCUUACAACAAGGGAACGCGCAGGGACGAAGCCAAGAUCAGGAUCUCCGAAGUUCUCACGGGUGCCACGCUGAAGCUGCCGGCGGACAGAGCGGCGAACCGGCAUGAUGCAGAGUGGGUGAUGGAUGCGGAGCUGAGGACGGGGGGCAAGAAGGCAGCCCACCCGGGCGGGGUGGCGGCGUCGGUGGCGGCGGCCGUGAGGCUCAACGAGGGCGUCGCCAGUCCGUGA